AAUGUGGAGAUGUCAAAGGCUACGAAGCGCAAGCUUGAGGAGGAGAAGAAAGUAGACGCUACGGUAUUUGAGUAUGAUGAGGUCUGGGAUAAAAUGCAGGAGGCGAAGCUUCGUCAGAAGGAGGUCAAGGAGGUGGAGACGAAAGAACGAAAGCCCAAAUACAUUGAGGGCCUUCUUGCAUCAGCGGCUACUCGUAGGAUCGACCACCUACGCGCUGAGGAGAAGAUGAUUCAACGCGAACGCGAAUUGGAGGGCGAUGAGUUCAAGGACAAGGAUGCCUUUGUUACACAAGCGUACAAGGACCAGAUGGCUGAACUUCGGAGAGCAGAGGAGGAGGAGAAGAAACGGGAAGAGGAAGAGAGGAAGAAGAACAAAGGCAUGGGCACUGGUAUGGCGCACUUCUACAAGAAGUUACUGGAGGAGUCAGAGCAAAAGCACGAGGAGACAGUCGCUGCCACGCAGAAACCUGUGAUAGGACCGGCAGCUCCUCCACCAAACCUCACGAUCACCAAGCCUCCAGACUUCGUGCUCAAGAGUGACACCGAGUUAGCUCGCGUAGCAAGGGAGCAGGGCAAGGAGGUCGAGCUGAACGAUGACAAUCAGAUUGUCGACAAGCGCGAUCUUCUAUCUGCUGGACUGAACCUCUCUGCUCCAAACACCCGUCGACUGGGUCUGCAGACCAAGAAGAGGAACGAAGCGGACGACUCAGUGCAGGUGCAUACGGCUGUUGGGACCGCGGCAAGUCGGAGAGAGAUUAACGAGCGUCGGGCGAGGGAAGUCCAGAGACAGUUGGAAGAGGAGCGGGAGCGAAUCCUUAGGGAGAGGCAGCGAGAGGAGCAAGAGAACAUCAACCGGGUCGUGGCAAAGCGCAACAACGAGGAGUCCAUCCAGAGUGCCCGGGAACGAUACCUAGCUCGGAAACGGCAGCGAUUAGAGGAUACGGAGCAAACGAUGGAAUCGGAUGAACAAUGAAAACUCCAAAUAUUCUCCACUCGUUGUUGUCGUUUGUAAUAAUGCUAUUCCACUUGUAUGGUAAUAAAUUAUUGUAGGACACUAGGUGUGGUUUCUAACCUAUUGACAACUCGCAUCCAAUCUGUCCCUUUGAAUUCCCGUAGCCAUUGCAUCAAAAGCCCGUAGUGCGGCAGCUGCGGACGGCCGUCGGUUAUAGUCAUCGUGUAGCAUUGGUCGGGCGAAAGCGACCAGCUCCGGUAUGUUAUAGCCGGUUAUUUUGCAUACUCGGAGAAUUAGAACGGCCAACUGCCACACAUCAGCCUUAUAUGGAUCGGUCCAGCCUCCUCUUUCCAGCUCUGGAGGAAUGUCACUUCCCCGGAUCCCUUUGAUGAGUGGACUGAGCGUGCCAUCGAACCGGCGACAGCCCUCGUAAUCUAUGAACGCAUGAUGCCCCUUGUAGUCCGUCAAAAUGUUGUGUAUGCUGAUAUCCAGAUGCGCCAUAUUGUGAGAAUGCAUGAAGACAAUGUGCUCUAUGCAUUGUCGAAGAGCGCUGAGAAAGAGCCUGAGAGUGCUCGGCACAUCAUACGUGAACUGCGGGUACCACUCUUCCAUAACGAUGAAGACCAGAGAAUCGGAGGGGACUUCGAUCAGAUCAUAGACAGGUAUUGAGUGGUUCAUGGGAUGUCGCCUCAAGGGUGGACUGCAAAUGUGCCGGAUGGCAUCAUACUCACGGCUGCAAAUGUGAACAGCCUUGAUGACGACCUUCUUGCCUGAGAGACUGUGGGUACCUCGGAAGAGAUUAUCUGGAAGACCGGCGUCCUUGCAUAGCUCGUUCUCGUCUUUGAUGCUACAUGCGCGGGCGUAGCCCGGCAGAUCUCUGGUGACGUCGUAGCCUUGGGCAAGCAUUCCUUCCCAAUACUUCUGGUACCACUGCUUUACGUCUCGACAGGUGUCUAGUUGGUAGCCUCGGCGAUCGAGAAGGUGUCGAUAAGCACACCAGUUGGGUGCCCUGCGUGCGUUGACGUCGUCCUCGUCGAGCGAGGAUGUGGAGGAUGCCGAAGAAAGCAACGACUCGUCGUCUGAUUCCAUGCCUCGAGCUCGGAGGCGGUUGUCCAGGCUAGAAGGAGUGAUGGUCGACCGGCCGUGUGUACGCUGGCAUGAUAGAGCCUGAGGGUGAAGCUUAUAUGUCGGGGAGGAGGAGAGAAAACAGGGCUAACUUUGGGGAAGCGGCGAAUGAAGCCAAAAUGCAAGUUGCCAGGGCUGGUCUGGUGCCAAGUGCUGUGCGGACAGAAUGCCUGCAAGAGGACCAUGCUGGCCACCGAACA